AUAUUUGCCAACACAUUCACUAUUUAUAUCCUCCCUCCUUUGCUUAUCUCCCACCCCAAGCCAACAACUUUGGCUAAUCUUUUCAUUUCUUCCCCUUAAUUCUUCCUUUUAUUUUCAUUUCAGUCCUUGCUGUAUAAGAAGGAAGGUUGGAGAGGAGGAGGUUGAAGUGAAGGAGACAUGCCUUCCAUUCCUCCUCCCAAGCCGUCCACCCAAUUCCAAAUGGUGACCGCCGCGGAGCGGUGCACGGCGCACGCGCUGCCGGAGGCGGUGGCGAGGCACCACGAGCACGCGGCGGGACCGAAGCAGUGCUGCUCGGCGGUAGUGCAGGCGGUGGCGGCGCCGGUUGGCGCGGUGUGGUCGGUGGUGCGGCGCUUCGACGAGCCGCAGGCCUACAAGCACUUCGUGAAGAGCUGCCGCGUCGUGGGUGGCAACGGCGGGGUGGGCACGCUCCGGGAGGUGCGCGUCGUGUCGGGCCUGCCGGCGGCGACCAGCACCGAGCGGCUCGAGGUCCUGGACGACGAGCACCACGUGCUCAGCUUCCGGGUGGUCGGCGGCGACCACCGCCUCGCCAACUACCGGUCCGUCACCACGCUUCACCCCGCAGCGGGCGGCGGCGGCGGCACUGAGGUCGUGGAGUCGUACGUGGUGGACGUGCCGCCGGGCAACACCAGGGAGGACACGCGCGUGUUCGUCGACACCAUCGUCAAGUGCAACCUCCAAUCCCUGGCGCGCACCGCCGAAGCCCUUCACCGGCGCCACGUCGCCGCCGCGCCGACGGCGACCCCGUGAUCCACCUCCUCUUCCCUGGCCUGUCUCUCUUGUCUCUGUCUUCUUCAUCUUUUGCUUAGUGUAGUAAACACAGUUGUACAGCUCACGAAAUAAAAAUCAUAAUAUUUCUCCUCUCCA